AAAAAAAAAAAAGAGCUACCACCGCCUCAAAUUUCUCCAUAUGAAGUUUAACCAUGCUACUUGAGCCUUGAACAGCUGUCUUAUAACCAUCAUCAAGUUGAAUCCUUUUAUAUUUGGUAUCCAUAACUUGCUAACCCAUGCAUGCCACAAUCUCUUGUAAAUAAAAUUGUGGGCAGCUCUUCUCUCUAACAAAAUGGGAUUGAUACUUGUUAGGAUCCAGUGUCCAGGUAUGACACUUAGUCUUACAUUGAAGUACAGGAUUCUAGUAUGGGGUUUAUAAGCCUCAGGAUCUCUAACCUCAACAACUACCUUUUGGAGUAAAGUAUGGUUCUCCAAAGUUCUGAUCAAUUUGUAUCAAAUCCUUCCAACACGUCUCUCAUUUGCUAGUGAGCCACAUAAAUGAUGACACUGCCAUUGCAGUGUUGCCUAGGACUAGUCAAAGGGCUAGUGCACAGGCAGGGUAAGAAACAUUGUGGGAUUUAGGAUCCAUUGCAAGUUAUUGAACUUGAGUCGUACAUUGGAAUUAUGGAAUUCUAUUAUGGUGUCUACGAGAUCUUGGGCUCUCCAACUAGAACUGCUAGUUUUUCUUUAACAGUCUCAAUAAAAACUUCCCUUUCACCAUCUCGAUUAAAAAUAUUGUGAUUUCACCAAUAUUUUUCAUUAUUGGAUGCCUUCCCAAAGUUGUUAUUCUUUCUGUCACAUUGAAUGAUUUACUGCUUGAAAAGCCGCUCUUCAAGUUGUCAUUUAAAAUUUCUUAAUGAUUAGAUUAGCCCUGCUUACUCUGCUAAAAAUUUUAACAAUUUACGUAUUAGGUUCUGUUAUAUGUGAAAAAUGUGUUAAUUAUUGUUGUGAAAUAUUUCCAGGCUCCACUAUUAAAAAAGUAUCCUGCAAACCUGUCUGUCACGGCAUAUUCAUACUUCUUUGGAGCUGUUCUGAUGGUAACUACAUCAUUCUUUGCAACUAACGAGUCAACUGACUGGAGAUUGACACAGUCUGAAACGAUUGCUGUUAUUUAUGCGGGAUUUAUCGCAUCUGCCCUUAAUUAUGGACUGAUUACAUGGUGCAACAAGAUCUUGGGGCCAGCCAUGGUUGCUCUUUAUAACCCACUUCAACCAGGAGCUUCGGCUCUCCUGUCCAGAAUUUUUCUAGGAACUCCAAUUUACAUGGGAAGCGUCGUAGGGGGAUCUAUGAUCAUUAUUGGUUUGUAUGCGGUUACUUGGGCGUCUUACAGAGAAAGACACGCAGCUGCUGCAGUUAUUUCUCAUGAUAAGAAUUCUUAUAGAAUUAACAUUUUUUCAGGCCCCUCCACCAUGUCCCCUAAGCCUUCAGAUUAACGGUAUGUAAAAAGUUGUCUCAUUAUUCUUUCUUGUUUUUAUAUGUAAUGUUUUCAAGAAUUCAGAGAGAAUCAACGUUAAAUUUUUUAUAAACUUGUCCACAAAUUGGA